CCCUUUUCAGCAUCAGGUACUGCGUUGGCUGAAUUAGUUAGACAAUCAGGAAGUCACUGAGGGUAACUAACACAGUAACAGGUGGAAAGAAAAUGUAGGCACACAACGGGCGACUCUUAAUUUUUUAGUUGUUUUAUGUCUACGUGGAGACGGCGUUUAUAAACUUCAUGUAGUAGUUUAUGCUAGCAAGCUAACCGAGCUAACGCCGACGUCUCAGCGUUAACUUGAGUCAACUUUUUCAACCAGCUAGCUUAAUCUGCUACUCGACUGCUUAUCGACAUGGAGGAGUGCCGUCGCUCGCCCAGACUGUCUUGAUGAAUAUUUUACACACGGACGUGUCGGGUCUACUCAACUAAGGGCUGUCCUAAACUUUAUUGAAGGCUCCUUUUGGGUUGUUUUUUUCCACUGGCAACAGCCAAGCGCCCGUUUAUGAACAUCGAAGAGAGGGCGGACAUAAACAAUGUUUUCUGUCAAACCCAUGAAACCCACCUUCAAGUGUUAUCUUCCUCCUGUGCAGACUGAUGUGAAGAAAACUAUUGAACCACCUAUUAAAAAGUUGGAGCCUAAGUUACUUCAAGGGGAGAUCGUAGUAAAUGAGGUGAACUUUGUGAGAAAAUGCAUCAGCGCUGAAAGCAGUCAGGAUGACCUUUGGGGGAAGUUGAUAUGUACCAACUUUAAGGUCUCCUUCAUCCCUCAGGAUGCUCCCUCUAAGCAGAAGUCUCAGUUGUCCCACCUACUGCUCGGAGAACACGACAUCCCCCUCACCUGUCUGGAGCAAGUAGUAACAGUAAACGAUACAAAGGGGAAGAAGAAAGUUUUGGGUUCGAACCAGAAGCUGAAGUUCAACCCGACAGAGCUCAUCCUCUAUUGCAAAGACUUACGCAUCAUAAGGUUCUGCUUUGAUGAGGCUGGGCCAGAGAGUGCCAAAAAGGUUUGCCUUGCUAUUGCCCACUAUUCACAUCCAGCUGAUCUUCAGCUGCUGUUUGGCUUUGAGUACCAAGGGCGGCGAUACCAUGAAUUUAAAAGGGAGCGAGUCAAUGGUUCCACCCCUCGGGGAGGAUUACGGCCCCCCAUUUUUGACCGUCCAUCAGACUGGGAUCGGGAGAUCAAGAGAACGGGGGCAUCGGAGUGGAGGGUGUGCUCCAUCAACGAGAGUUAUGCCAUCUCACCAAGUCUUCCAGAGUACAUUGUGGUCCCAGUUUCUCUGGCAGAUCAGGACCUAAAGCAAUACUCCAUAUUCUUCACUGAUCAGCGCAUCCCUCUCUGGUGCUGGAAUCACCCAAAUGGAAGUGCUCUUGUCCGCAUGGCCACCAUAAUUGAUCCGGUGCAGCAGAAGAAGAUUGAACAGAGGGUCUUCACUGCCAUUACAAAAAGCCACCCACAGCGCAGUGAGGUCGUCAGGUCAGAUCUGGACAAGUGUCUGCCUAACAUCCAGGACAUCCAGAGUGCCUUUGUUAAAGUCAGGCAGAUCUGCGUCAUAGAUCCUUUUGAGGAGUCCGAGGAGAGGUGGCUCUCAUCUGUUGAAAACUCACGAUGGCUGGAGUACGUCAGGGCUUUCCUGAAACACUCAGCUGAGAUCGUGUACCACCUGGAUGGAAAGAAUGCUUCAGUCGUUCUUCAAGAGGAGGAGGACAGAGACCUGAACUGUGUGGUGUCCUCCUUGGUGCAGCUCAUGUUGGACCCACAUUAUCGCAGCCUCAUUGGCUUUCAGAGUUUGGUGCAGAAGGAGUGGGUGAUGGCUGGCCAUCGCUUCUUGGACAGAUGCAACCACUUAAAGAAGAAUGACAAAGAGGAGUCCCCGCUGUUCAUGCUGUUCCUGGACUGCGUGUGGCAGAUGAUGAACCAAUACCCAGCAGCAUUUGAGUUCACAGAGGCCUAUCUGACGGUACUGAGUGACAGCAUGUGGAUUCCACUCUUCAGUACUUUCCUCUUCAAUUCCCCCAAACAGCGUGCUCAGCACUUGAUGGACUUUGCCAAGAAUAAAGCAAUCCCUCAAGGUGAAGACCAGGUUGUGUAUUUCCCUCCUGUGUGGGACUGGUCACAGCAGUUCUCUACCAAAGACCAAACCCUGUUUAACAACCCCAUGUAUGUAGGCAAAGGAGCGGCCUGCGUCCAGAAUGGAGAAGUGAAAACCUUCAGACGCACAAAGCAGAAAACCUACAGCUCCACGUUGCGAGGAACACCUGCAUCUCUGCGCAAUGGACUGAAGGGUGCAGAGGAUACACUGCCCCGACGGGGCUCUCUGGUGUCGGAGCUAAAGCCUUAUUUGUCACCAGUGAAAGAUGAAAGUCCGUCCGAGCGCUUCUUCAGGGACUGGUUCUCUCGACCAGCUGACCAGCAGGGCCUCCUGAUCCCUCUGAUCACGCCCUCACACAUGGCUCUCUGGAAGCUCUACUUUCUGCGCUGGGUUCCUGAAGCCUGCAUUCCCAGAGGAGGCCCCAUCACGACCUACCACAAGCUCUCCCAACUGGUCGAUGAAAUUGAGAUACUACAGCGCCAGCUCAGGCAGUACAAGGGACCCAGUCCAGGCAACACGCCACUCCCCAGUCCCAGUGGGCCCCUCUCAGACCAAAGGAGGAUGUAUUUUAAGGCCAGUUCCCCACAUGACCCCCUUACACCUCCAGACUUCCUUACCUCCUCCUUUCCUUUCACCCCAAUGGGAAACCUGUGUCGCCGCAGUAUCCAUGGGACCCCCAUUAGCAAAUUUCUGAAUGGAGCGAGGAUCUGGCUCUCCACAGAAACUCUUGCUAAUGACACUCUCUGAAAAUGUAGGGCUGUAGGGCUCACUUUUCAGAGCUCAGCGCAGGUGUGUGUAACAAUUAAUCAACUUAUUUUCUAUUACCUCUUUCUUAAAUACCAAGGAGGAAAAUGAGAAAUAGAAAAGAAAUUAACUUCUGAUUUUGAAUUAUUUAUAAGCUAGAAUUUGCACCGUUGAUGCUGCAUCGAAAUCUGAGGUAAUUUCUAAAGUGAAGCGUCCUCUACAGGACCAAAUCAUUAUUGUCCAUUACAGCUGAGGAAUUCAGAUUAACCAAAGCGCAUCCUCCUUAUUGGCUCGUAAGUUGUUACUGUGAGGUCUCCUGUGACUGUGAAAGAUCAUCAUACUUAAUGCAUUUUUAUAUGGAUGUAUUUCUUGUCUUUCUCAAGAUUAAGUUCAGAUAUCUGCUCUUUUUUGCUGAGCAUGACCCACACAAAGAGAGCUUUUGCAGAUUUUAAUACUGAGUUGAGGGCACAUUUUAAAGCUAUAAUUGAAAUUGAACUAUCUAAGUGUGUGUUUAUCAGUGCUGUCAGUUUAGUUGUCCUUUUGAUGAAUUCUCGUUGGUCAGUAAGUUGGUCCCCCGCUGUAAUGGAAGUGAAAAAUAGGAAAACUUGAAAUUAGAAAAUGCCCAUUUUACUGCAGCAGCAAUGAUGCAUUUCACUUAACACUGAUUUUCAAGUACUCAAUUUGUUUGUACUUUCCAGGAAAAGUAAUUGACAAUGUUAACUAGUUUUUAUUUCAGAAAGAGGAACAGAAAAUAACACUGCUAACAAAUAUUUUACUAUUUGGUAAAAAACAAAGAGGAUCUGGUCUGGUUGAAUGUAAAGAGGCUUUUUUUUUUUCUUUGCACAAACUUAAUGCUUUUUGCUCCAAGUGCCCAUAUUUUAAUGGCUGUGCUGGGGUUUCACUGUAAGCAACAAAUAGUGUGAUUUCAGGGUCUUUGUAGAUUUACUCUAUUUUUGAAGCAGAGAAAAGGGCCUUUAUUUUUAGUAUCAUGAAGCGGGUGACACUGAGAGGGCAAAGUGGAGCUGUGAGGACUUCAAUCUGUGGUAGAUAUUUCCUCUUCUCUUUUUGAAGGGGUUUUGUUAAACGUUUAUAGCCUUCUGGUAAGGCACUGAGGAGAUGCUAUUAACAGUGGCUGAAUGAUAAAUAUUUGAAAGAAAAGGGACAGACAAGGGCUUUGAGUCAAACCAGUCUCUAGUUUAGUACAUAGUGAAUUUCAGGCACUGAAGUUGCUGAUUCAGUGAAUCAGACAGUGAUGGGUGGAUGACAAGUGACACAGUUUCAGGGCAGCUCAUGAGAAAAUAUCAGCAAUCAAUCAUCUGGAUAGCAAGUGUCAAAAAUACACCAUGUGUGCAAUUUUGACAGUAAAAUGACAAUAAAGGUCAGUUGUCAACUAUAACUAGAGGCUAUUUAAGGAAAAGCCGGAUGUUUGUACAAAGGGAACGGGCAAACAUACUGUAUGUAGCUAUAGCAAUAUUUGCGUUUGCAGUAGCAGUUUAUUCUUUUAUCCAGACGAUGCCACUCUGCAGAGAGGAAUGAAAUAAUACAGUGAAGUUAACGUACUUCCAGUCAGGAUAGUGAUGGUGAGAUUUGUGCAUCAACAGGUUUUUAUUGUGCAAUCCAUUGAUUGUAUAUUAAGAUGGACGAUGCAUCUCCGCUGUUCAAAAUGAAGCCAAAAUAUCCUCAAAUCAAUUGUCGCCAUUUUGUGCUGGUGAUGUCAUUUGGUGCCAGAAUCUGCACAGCAGCAGCAAUCAUGAUAUCAAGUUCCCGCACAUACACCUGUCUGACCACUGUGAGCAGUGCCAAGUGAAUGAGAUCACACGAUUGGUGCACACGGCAGUCAACCAUGAUGCCAAAAUCCCUUUUUUAUAUCAUUAAAUAAAAAGUUAAAACCAAACUUCAUAAAAAUGAACACUUGAACAAGCAUCAGCAUGAUAAGA